CCUGUAUGUAUGGAUGGCCAUGCAUUUACUUAGCUUGACAUCUCUUCUUCUGCAUUUAAAUACUUAAUCCAGUAUUUAGUGGACAUACUUAUGCAUGAUACAUUGAUAAGUUUAAAGUGCCAGGUAGGGUCCACAUCAACAGAAAGGUAUCACGUAGGGUGUCCAUUUAUUUUGCUGAACUGCUAAGUUAUUCUCCUUAAGCCUAGUACUUAUUCUAUAUGUCCCUUUUGACGUAAACACAUUAACAUGGGUUGUCAAGCGAUGAUGGUGGUGGUGGUGGUGGGGGGGGCAAACACUGACACAAAGAUACACACACACAUAAAUAUAUACACAUAUACAGUAAGACACCUGUAACUGUCUCACUAUAACCUUUUCAUCAUCCAACACAAGAUCACCACCUCCAAUGUCUCCCCCCCUUUUGAAAGUUUUUUUUUUUUUGUCUUGCAAGUACUUGGUGAUCCUGUCAGUGCAGGUGUCACUUGAAAGCACCGGAAGGGCAUCCCUCUGUAAUAACCUUGCUAAAACUGACCUCGCUUAUGCCUGUGCCACAAAAAAAGCAUCAAGUCCACUCUACUGAGUGGUUGGUGUUAGGAAGGGCAUCCAGCUGUAAAAAUCCUGCCAAAACAGUCACAGAAGUCUGGUGCAAAUUAUUUUACUAAUGUAGUUUUGCUUUUUAACCAGUAUGUAUUCAGCAGUAACAAAACUCAAUGCAACAUAGCUACAUCAAGUAGCCCCACCACUACCACUCUAAAACCCUAACACCAAAGCUAAAACCAGUACAAACGCACGAACGAUGUCAUAAAUAAUAGUGACAAACGAAAUAUACAUCGCCGAUAGUUGUUGACAAACAACAACAGUAAUUUUAUUCAGCUGAAUACACGUCAUUGAUUGGUUGAAAUUACCGAAAUACGACAAUUUUAACGUGAAAUAACUUUGAAAAUAUAAACUUUUCUCAGCUAAAAAUUCUAAAAACGAAAAUAUAACCGUGUGGCUUUUGUCCAGAUCCCAUAUAACCAUUAGGAAUGGGUCCAUGGAUAAACGUAACGAAAUUAAAGACGAUGUAAGAAACUAAUGUUUGGACAUCCAACUAAUGUACUAAUAACGAUAGAAAGCCUUUAUUACUAUGUAAGAGCUAAUAAAUAUUUCGUAUCCAUUUGAAUCGAUAAGGGCACUAUCAUGCUAUUAGCUGUCAGAAGUGAAAGUGCUCACUGCUAGUGAAGUAUCUGUCUGUCUGCCUGAAUGCCUGUUGCUGGCCUGUCGAUUCUUUGGCUACUGACAGCUAAUACCAUGACUGGCCGGAGCGAGCUAUAUGUCUGUCUGUCUGUCUCUCUCUCUCUCUCUCUAUCUAUUACUCGAAAGUUAUUGGAACAAAUUUGACACCUAUAUCCAUGCGUUUGAAAACACAGAGUAUAAGGGUACUCGCGUCCGCGCUAGCUAGUCGUGAGUGGUCGAUCCUAUUAUUUUUAAACUUCAAACUUCAUUUGUUUUCUAUUUUGAUAAAUUCUCUCUGUUGAAAAUUAUAUUUUUAUAUUUUAAAUAAUUUGCAAUUUCAGGAAAUAUGUUUUUAUAUUAAAUUUGUGUUUUCUACUCACGACUAGCUAGCGCGGACGCGCGAACUUUCGAGUAAUAGAUAGAUAGAGAGAGAGAGACAGACAGACAUAUAGCUCGCUCCGGCCAGUCAUGGUAUUAGCUGUCAGUAGCCAAAGAAUCGACAGGCCAGCAACAGGCAGACAGGCAGACAGACAGAUACUUCACUAGCAGUGAGCACUUUCACUUCUGACAGCUAAUAGCAUGAUAGUGCCUCGAUAAGUAAUGUGAAAGCUGUGUUGCAACAAGUGCAAUUUCAGAGGUGACCGGUAAACAUUUUAGAGGUGACCAGUACAAAUUUUAGAGGUGACCUGUCACAGGAAAAAAAAUCACAAUUAAUUUAUGGUGGCCGGUAAUAAAAUCACAGGAAAAAAAGUCUGGAUUCAUUUUAGAAAGGAAGGUUGUGCUGCUGUUUGUCGUAGGUCGAACUGCUGCACAGACGCUCCCUUGUUGAUGUGUAAUUGUUAUUCUGAUAGAACAAAAGGAAUAAGUUUUGGCCACCACCUAACGAAAGAUGAACUUUCAAGACACUUUUUGAUUUAUCCAUGAGGUUUUCAAGUCUAAAAGUUGCCAACAGAGAGUUCGAUUACAACUUGUAGAAGAAUACCAUUUACAUUAAAGCUUCUGCUCCAUUCAUUCCUGGAUACUGCAUUUUCUUUUUCGUUUUGUGCAGCUUAAGUUUAUUCACAUUUAUUCAUGUCAAACUGAAAGGAAUUUGUCAACAAUAAAAUGCAUGCCACUUGGAGAUGUCCCAUCCAGCAACAGACAUUCAAAUGUUAAAAUAUAAAAUGUUUCAAUGCCACAUAUUUUGUACAUGUGUAAAUGCAGUCUUAAUGAACCAUAAUAUAUUAUACCUGCAGACAUUGCUCGACUUUUAAGAAUUCCUUGAGAAUUAACAUGGAAGACAUUAGUCACUCAGCCACUUCUAACACAACUGUUUUUAAUAAUAUUGAGUCAGUGACAGACAGCAGUGAGGAAGCUUUGUCUACUGAAACAGUUUCUAAACAAAGUAAAUUACACAAAGAUAUUUCUCAAUAUCGCUGUGAGAUUUGCGAGAAAACAUUCUCUUCAGAACGUGGAGUUUCCAUGCACAAAAAAGUACACAAUAUAGAAAAAACAUUUCAUUGUGAAAUAUGCAGAAAAUCAUUUAUUCACAAAUACCAUCUUGUAGUUCAUAAAAGAACCCACACUGGAGAAAAACCAUUCCAUUGUGACAUAUGUGGGAAAAGUUUUGUCUCUAACAGUUAUUUGACAACACACAAAAUUAUCCAUACUGGAAAGAAAUUGUUUCGCUGUGAAAUCUGUGGUAAAUCGUUUGUUGAUAACUGGAGAUUGAUUAUUCAUAUACGUAGUCACACAGGUGAAAAACCUUACAAGUGUGAAACAUGUGGCAAAUGUUUUGUUUCCAAUCGUAUUUUAACGAAACACAAAAUUAUACACAGUGGAGAAAAGUCAUAUCAUUGUGAAGUUUGUGACAAAUCAUUUAUUUUAAACACUAAUUUGAUAGCGCAUAGAAGAAUCCACACUGGAGAGAAACCGUUUCAGUGUGAAAUCUGUGGGAAGAGUUGCUCUUUUAAUUCAAAUCUUGUAGUCCACAAACGUAGUCACACUGGAGAGAAGCCAUAUUGUUGUGAAGUGUGCAGUAAGUCAUUUAGCACGAGUAGCGAUUUAAGAAGGCACAAUAGAAUACACACAGGGGACCUCUUACAUUGUGAAAUUUGUGGGAAAUCGUUUAUCACUAAAAGUAGAUUAAAAAUACACAUGAUUGUACACACGGGAGAAAAAUUGUUCCACUGUGAAAUUUGUGGGAAAUCGUUCUCUGUGAAUUCAAGUCUUGUUAUUCACGUACGUAGUCACACUGGAGAAAAGCCAUAUCAUUGUGACGUGUGCGGGAAGUCGUUUAUGGUCAACAGUGUCUUGACAAAGCACAAAAGGAUACAUACUGGAGAAAAUUUGUUUCACUGUGAAAUCUGUGGUAAAUCUGUCACUGAAAGAUCCAAGCUCGUUAUCCACAAACGUACUCACACUGGAGAAAAGCCUUAUGACUGUGAAAUCUGUGGUAAAUCUUUCUCUGUUAAUUCUCACCUUGCGGUUCACAAAAGGUUACACACUGGAGAGAACUAA